AUGAGAAUUCAUUUUUUAUAUAUAUUUCUUGUACUAAUUAAAUAUGCUAUUAAUGCAAAAAUAAAUCCUAACACCAAGAAAUUAGGAAUGUAUUUAGGAUAUAUGAGAAAAGGCUCCAAUUUAAAAAUAAUUCCUCAUAAAAAAAAAAAAUUAUACAUUAAUAAUAUAUAUUUGUUCAGGAGAAGAAAUAGCGAUGUACAUAAAACUUUUAAAUAUAAUUUAUUUAUUAAAAAUAACUAUUUAAAAAGAUAUUUUAUAAAAAAUUCUCAUAUGAAAGUGAAAAUAAUUAAAUUUAGGAAUUUAAAUAAAUUAUGGGCUAAAAAAAAAGGUGUAGGAAGCACUAAAAAUGGUAGAGAUAGUAAUCCUAAAAACUUAGGUGUAAAAAUAUUAGGAAAUAAUUUUGCUUAUCCUGGUAAUAUUAUAGUAAGGCAAAGAGGACGCACAUUCAAACCUGGUUACGGGGUAAAGCAAGGAAGAGAUUUUACAUUAGUCGCCACUAGGGCAGGAAAAGUGAAUUUUUUUAAGGGAACUGUAAGUAUUAUUGAUGUUAGUGAACCGAAACAAAUGACAUUCAAAGACAUAUACCAAGAAAAUCCAACAAUAUUAAGUCUGUCAAAAAUGUGGACUUCAGCUUAA